AUGAAAUGUGGGUUGUCCAACCUUGAGAAUUUGAAUGGCUGGGGAAUCCUGGAAGUUGAAGUCCCACAAGUCUUGAAAGUUCCCAAGGCUGGACACCCCUGCAUUAAACCCUUGUCAAUUCUUGAGACUCUUCUUUGCCUUGCAGACUUCCCUUCCGAGAUUGCCAGCAAGUCCCUAUCGGAGAGCGUGACUGGUCUGCACUGGAAGCCGAGGGGCAGGCGACGGCGGACCUCCCACCCUGCCGAGUCCUCAAGCGAGCAGGGGGCCAGCGAAGCCGAUAUUGAUAGCGACAGCGGCUAUUGCAGUCCGAAGCACAGCAACCAAGCAGGGGCAGCCAUCUCCAGAAGUGCUGAAUCGGCUGGAACGAAUAUCAAAGAAUCAUCCAUACAUACAGGUGGUGCCAGCUGGGCAAGUGUCAGUUCUCAGGCUACUCAGAAGAAGCCUUGGAUAGAGAGAAACUCUUUCUCCAGAGGUGGAAGGCAACCAGAACAUCAGCACGAUUCAGAGCCUGGUUUUAAAUGUAGAGAUCACAGCACAUCUUCAGAAAGGAAACAGAAUUUGCAGAAGAAAAAUGAGAAACCAGUAAUCACAAGCCAGUCAAACAGAGUAGAGCAGAGCCCUGAACUGCUAUAUUUUGGGGAUGAAGAAGAGUUCCCGGAGCUAAAUUGCGAUAGCGGACAUUCGAAAGCUAAGAACAUGCAGCUGAAGCACACACCCAAAAUG